UUUUGAUUCUUUUCAUUUCAUCCCCCUGUGGGCAACGGAGCAAUGAAAUUUCCAAUCGAGACGCCAAGAAAGCAGGUGAACUGGGAUCCUAAAGGUUGGUAUUGCCUACUUCGGGCUACCCUGGCUCUCUUCCACCUGCUGGUGCCUCACUGGCAGGCGUGGAUGGGCUUGCUCCCGGCAGGCAGCAUGCGUCCUGAGGCUGGGAAAUGCGCCUGACAACUGCAGCGUGGGUGGGAGGAGGGCGGAGGCAGCGUGGGUUCGGAACCCAGAUCGCGCCUGUCAAGAUCACAUAGUCGUUGUCCCUCUAGGAUGGUUUCACCGUCUAUUUAAAGACACACCAAGCUGCUGUUUGUUUUGAAAUUAUACCAAGUGUUGGUAUUUGCUUUUGACUUUGUGAAUGUGCAUGUACGUGUGCCUGUGUGUGUGUGUCCUUUGUUUCUAGUGAUCUUUGUCUCUCUCUGGCAGAUGGGUGGGGUGACUCUCACUGGACCUGGAGCUGAGCCUCAUGGCCCGCGUGUCCUCAGAGGGACAGGUUUCUUGGCAGCAUGUGAGGCUACGAUCUGCCCCAGCUGUCCCUGGGGUAGCACUUCUCUCAUAGGGCAUGAAGCAUAAUGGAGCCCAAGGGGCUUCCAGAGUCUUUGCUCUGUCUUAUUACUAAUCCUGCCGACUAGGCUCCUUUGGCUCAGGUUGUAGAAAGGCUGUGGGGAGUGGUUUUUCUCCACAAGGGUGGGUCUGGGAAGGGCUCACGGAGUAACCUACAGCGUGCCCACGCACACAAUGGUUUGGUAUGCUUUUAGGAGUGUGGGUUCACUUUCCCUUCCUGUAAAGAGUAUUAAGGCAGGUUGUGUGGGUGCACCAUACUCCUGGUCUUGGCCACUGCCCCACAUGUUAAUGUAUAGAUAUUGUGGCUCUUUGUAAAUAGUAUUGGAGCGGGACAAGUUGAAACAGUGUGUCCAGUCACCUCUUAGCUCAUAUACAGGCUGAAUUGGGUAGGAUAGGCAGCGCUUGAGUGAGUCUUGGAGUUAAAAUGUGUGUGUGUGUGUGUGUGUGUGUGUGAGAGAGAGAGAUUAUAUUUCUUCUUUUAAAGAAUAUUGUUUUAUUUAGUCUUUGACAGUUUUAUACAAUAUAUCUUGAUCACAUCUAAUUCCCACUCAGCUCAGUUCCUCCCUUUCAAUUUCUUUUAUGACUUCAUUUCUUCCCUUCCUCAGACUAGAUCCAGGAAAGCAAGUUAUGUUUGAAGAAAAUGUCUUAUGACUUGCCUGACUGAAGAGUGAAUGAAGAGUGGCCGUGCCUGCAGCAGCCCCACCAGUGUGCCAGCCCAAGAGUGCCACUAACGGGCAUCACCCUGUUCCUCGACUCUCCAUUUCCUCUCGAGCCACGGUGGUAGCCAGGAUGGAAGGCGCCUCCCAGGGAGGCCUGCAAACAGUUAUGAAGUGGAAAACAGUGGUUGCCAUCUUCGUGGUGGUCGUGGUCUACCUCGUCACUGGUGGCCUUGUCUUCCGGGCCUUGGAACAGCCCUUCGAGAGCAGUCAGAAGAACACAAUCGCCUUGGAGAAGGCAGAAUUCUUGAGAGAUCACAUCUGUGUGAGUCCCCAGGAACUAGAGACACUGAUUCAGCAUGCACUCGAUGCUGAUAACGCGGGAGUCAGCCCAGUAGGAAACUCUUCCAACAGCAGCAGUCACUGGGACCUUGGAAGUGCCUUCUUCUUUGCUGGGACAGUCAUCACAACCAUAGGGUAUGGGAAUAUUGCUCCGAGCACUGAAGGAGGCAAAAUCUUUUGUAUUUUAUAUGCCAUCUUUGGGAUCCCGCUUUUUGGUUUCUUAUUGGCUGGAAUUGGAGACCAACUUGGAACCAUCUUUGGCAAAAGCAUUGCAAGAGUGGAAAAGGUUUUUCGAAAGAAGCAAGUGAGCCAGACCAAGAUCCGGGUCAUCUCCACGAUUCUCUUCAUCUUGGCUGGCUGCAUCGUGUUUGUGACCAUCCCUGCUGUCAUCUUUAAAUACAUCGAGGGUUGGACCGCCUUGGAGUCCAUCUACUUUGUGGUAGUCACGCUGACCACAGUAGGCUUUGGUGAUUUUGUGGCAGGGGGAAAUGCUGGCAUCAAUUACCGAGAGUGGUACAAGCCGCUGGUGUGGUUUUGGAUCCUUGUUGGCCUUGCCUACUUUGCAGCUGUCCUCAGUAUGAUCGGAGACUGGCUGCGGGUUUUAUCCAAAAAGACAAAAGAAGAGGUUGGUGAGAUCAAAGCCCACGCAGCUGAGUGGAAGGCUAAUGUCACUGCUGAGUUCCGGGAGACGAGAAGGCGGCUCAGCGUUGAGAUCCAUGACAAGCUGCAACGGGCAGCCACUAUCCGAAGUAUGGAGCGCCGGAGGCUGGGCUUGGACCAGAGGGCCCACUCACUGGACAUGCUAUCCCCUGAGAAGCGUUCUGUCUUUGCAGCCCUGGACACAGGCCGUUUCAAGGCCUCAUCGCAGGAGAGUAUCAACAACAGACCCAACAACCUACGCCUUAAGGGGCCAGAACAGCUUACCAAACAUGGGCAGGGCGCUUCUGAGGACAACAUCAUCAACAAGUUUGGGUCCACCUCCAAACUCACAAAGAGGAAAAACAAAGAUCUCAAAAAGACCUUACCCGAGGAUGUUCAGAAAAUCUACAAAACCUUCCGGAAUUACUCUCUGGAUGAAGAGAAGAAAGAGGACGAGACAGAAAAGAUGUGUAACUCCGACAACUCCAGCACAGCCAUGCUGACAGAGUGUAUACAGCAGCAAGCUGAGAUGGAGAACGGAAUGGUACCCACGGACACCAAAGACCAGGGGCUGGAGAACAAUUCUUUACUUGAAGACAGAAACUAAAUGUUAAAGACAUUGGAAUUGGACUAUGUGUUGUCUUGUUUUUGUUGUUUUGUUUUUGUCUUGUUUUUGUUUUAAUAUUCACACUGAGACACGUGCCUUAAAUAGACUUCUUUUUAGUCCAAAAUUACAUAGCAUUGAAGAAGAUAUUUCACUGUGCCAUACACAACUGAAAGCUUGCUCUGCCAAAAUGAACCAAGCAAGAGCUUCAUUUCAGACAGUGGCGGCAGGACAGUUGGGGGAGCAUUUGCACAGGUAGCAGGUGUCAGCUGUCCCUGUGAGGGGGAGUUCCAGUGGCAACGCUAUAGUUCUCACACAGUGUCACUCUGGCAUGGCGCACAGGCAAGGGCAGCUUUCCCUUAGACCAGCCCCUGAGAGGACAGGUUUGUCUUUUGAAUCGAGUCUCCUUUCCCCAACCAGCCCUCAGUGAUAGGUGGUGCACAGAUAGGGCGGCUGUUUGUGAGGGACCCGGUGGCGGCUCUAGCAAGGGUUUGAGUGGACAUUUUGACAGGCCACAGUGCAAAACGCCUACUCCAAAAUGAAUGUCCCUGGGACCCAAGAGUACCUGGAAUUUGUUGGAAACUGAUCAGAGCACACACGUUUUAUAAGGUGCAAUUGCUUUCUCAUAAAAAGACAAAUCACAGACACACCCCACUGUGGCUAUCUCCUUAACCAAUGGCAGAGGCCCGCUAAACUUUAUCCUUCUCAUGGGAUAGGUAGUGUAGGUGGGCAAGCGAGCAUUGGUGAUUACACCGCCUCAGCCGCUGCCUUGUUGGAAGGCAGAUCAUGCAUUUUUCUUCAGUGGGUGUGAAGGUUAAAAAAAAAAAAACAACUGAUUUUGGAACAUUCAUAGUCACUUUUCUACGGGAACUUUAAUUAUAACUUGUUUUGAUAGGAGGGAAGAAAUACCAAAAUUAUUGCCUUUGCAUGAUGCCAGUGGCUUGCUGUUCUGUCUAGCUGAUCCUAUUUUUCUUUUUUUUAAAUAAAAGAUAAAAAUAGACAUCUUGCGUUUGUGGGACACACCGAGGAGGACCAUGGCAUCUUUCCAUCUCAGGGUUUCCUGUCCUUUUGGGUGUUGUAGACUUAGCUACGAGCCUCACUCUUGUGAUUUCUAUACAAAGGAAAAGGAGUCUCUCACCAAACCCUUGUAAGACUGAAAUGGUUUAAGUUGUUUGCAGGUUAAGUGCCAUUAACACAUUGACAACAACACUGGAAAGGAAUAUGUAAAAGAUUUCACUUUGUCCUUGUGUUUCGUGGAUGCCUUCAUCAAGUUCUUGGUAUGAUUAGAUUUCCUUAUGCCUUUAGUAUGGGAACAUAGCCUUCCUUAUCUAUUCACCUCACACCUGUUAUACACCAAAAACGGUAACUCCCGCAGCAUUGUUUCUAGCCGAGCGGUGAUCAACAUGUGAUUGCUAUGAUUGUUUAACCUUCUUUUAUAAUGUUCAGAGCAUCGUAGAAAAGAGUGAGUUGUAGGGUUUGGGAGGCUGAUUUAAUGGAGUUUUGUUUUUUUAAUCAGAAAGGAGAAAUUCAUAGUAGGCCUUAUUUCGCCUGUGUGUAUGUCAACUUUAACCAGACUUGGCUGCAUGUUGGUUCAGCUAGCAGCCCCCUGCCAUUAAACAUUUGCAUCCUAUAUCAUGAGGAAACUGCUGGCUGUGGGUCUUCAAGACUCAGUACCACUUUUUGGGGAUUUUCAUGGAGUUUUCCUAUAACUAAUUAACAAAGCAUAUUUAACAAGAGAUCACAGCACAAGUGGAGACUUCCAGAAAUGGUCUACCAUUUUCUAACCGAGGGGGAAAUUAUGUCCACGGCCUCGCUGGUACCAUGGAAGACUCAUGCCCCCUGCCCAUUUCCCUGAAAUGUACUGCUUCCAGCUGUCCCCUACUUGGAGCACAGAAGCCCUCGUUUCCCAGCUCUCAGGGAAACCUUCAGGAUCUUGUUAAAUAUUUGAGAAGUCAAAUAGGCAUCACUAUGGUGAGGCCUUUCCUGUCAAGGGUUUGUCUGGGAUCAGUCCAUCAUCAGAGCAGAAUACUGGCUCAUUGGUGUUCCACAUAGUUCUGUAGACUUGGAGAAUAUAAUGUGUAUGCAGGCGCAGAUGCUGGGUUUUUAUUAUGGGUAGGGUCCAGCCUGGCUCAUUGUGUUUUAAGGAACAGAUAGAUAAGUGGGACUUAGAUAAGUGGGACUUCCCUAUUCUGACAAGUUUCCUGAUGAAACUGCACAUGGAUCUCACCCGUAUUCUGUUGUAUGGUACCUCGGUACAUCUUUGUGGUUGUGUUAAAACUGCAGGCACUAGAUGUAUGUCUGGCAAAGAACCAGCCCUGCUGUUUGUUCUGUGCCAGACUUGGUACUGGAUUGGACAUUUUACAGCACUCAUUGAAACCUCACCCUGUCAAGUUGGAAGUAUUUGCAAACUCUCUGUAUAGAAGAGGUCACAGAGACUCAGGGAGGCUAAGCAACUUACCAGUAGAGCACAGCAAGAAUGUGGGAAAAGUCGACAACCUGCACCCUUGUGACUGAGAGUACAUGUGGUUGUGUGUGUGACUUUAUGCGUGCACACGUCUUGCAAGCUUCAUGAGCACAGUUGACAGAGGUGAGGAGAAGAUAGACUUUUUUUUUCUUUUCUUUUUUCUUUUUUUUUUUUUUACCCCUAAGAGGGACUGAAAUUUAGGAGGUAAAACUGGCCUAAAGGGUUGCCCCUGAAGCUAUCUACUGCAUGCUUUUGACAGCACCUUUUCUGUAUUGCCAGAAAUGCCCCUCUAAAGCACUCCUUUGCACUUUACUCGAUUUUCUUGCAGGAACUCUUCAUACAGCAGGAACUAGACAGCUCUGCAGUCUUAGAUGCAUAAUCAACCAAAUGGAACAGGUAUACGAAUCAGUGUGUGCACAGAUGUAUUCGUGAGAAUCAAACCACAGUAAUACUAAGACUCAAACAUAACCUUGGAUUGAGAGUGUGUAACCCAUUCCCUGAUUGUUGGAAAAAGGUUCUGAAUGACGUCAAAGACGACCCUCAAUGAAGACUGUAUAUGUAGACAACGUGUUCCAAGAGCUAAACUAUGAGGUACUCUCCAAGGGAGAGGCCGAUGGGUGCACGAGAGGUUUCAUCCCAUGUAUACAUGCUAACUAAGCCUCAAGGUGCUGGGUGUUUGGAAGUCACUCGACUGUCACCCCUGUAAGCAGGGGAGCAAACAGUAUGCAGAACAUGUGUGUGAUAAGACAGCUGCUACAUGUUACGUACAAACAUCAGCCCAGCCUACCCUUUCUCCUCAGUAACCCUUGCCCUUCUUAAGACAUGGAAAGAGCACAUGUUUGGUAUCUUAGGUGGGCAGUUUUGUGCUUCGUUUGGCGGCUGAGUUCAGAAUUGUUAUUUUGUUUGGAGGUUUACUAGUGAGAGUCAAGGGAUAGUUGGGAGGAGGUUAUUACACACACACACACACACACAAAUAUAUAUAUAUAUGUGUAUAUAUAUAUAUAUAUAUAUAUAUAUAUAUAUACAUACACACAUACUUGGCUAUCAGGCUUGUGCAGUGUGUAUGUGUGUGGCAUGUGUGGUGUGAAAGGAGUCCUUGGCCUAUAAUUCAGGCAUCUGGGACCACUAUUGCUUGAGCUCUUCCACCCCCACAGCUUGUGCUCACAGGCAUACUGUUUUUUUUCCCUGUACCUCAUCUGCACACCAAGGGAAUGGCGUACAGAUUAUUACCAAAACCCUUUUCCAAUUGUACAGUUCUCUGAGGACACAUUCCCUAGUCUGUGAGUUAAUCAGAUGAUUAUUAAGUUGGAUUUCUGCAUAUUGAUUAAUGGCCCCAUUCCCACCCCUAGUGUUUGUUUUCUGCAUGGUUGAUGGAGACCAGAUGUAUUUGAAAGACUGGUGUCCAAAUUAGGAAUACACCCUAUACAGGGUCUAUCCACCACUGUCCUAGCUAGUUCUUAGCAUGCUGUUGUUCUACACAGCACACGAUGCAGAGGGCUUCUUUUGUUUUGCAGGGCGGGGUGGGGUCAUCAGGGCAAUGGUGUUAAGGCUAGUCAAAGACCUGUAAGCCAUUGCUAUCUACACUCAGUUGUACUAAACGUUCCGUUGACUGCAUUAUGAAUUCCUGUCCUCCCCCGUCCUGUCCUGCUGGUACUCAAAGGCACCCAUGUGCAGGCAAUGACUUCUCUGGUCCCACGGGGACAACUUCAGGUGGGAAUUUCUAGUUGUGCUAAGCAUUAGCAAACAACCCUUCUUCAGUUCUGAGGCAUCAUUUCCUGGGGAGUCAAAGCUGCCAUUUACGUGCUUGGUCUGGGACCAGGGUUCUGGUUGAAGCACUUGUGGCUCACUGGACUGGGGAAUGAUGUUAGCCAUCCAGUGUGCAGAGUGAUUUCAACAUCAGAGAAAGGAAAAGAAGCAAAAACAAGCUCGGAGAGACUCUCUAUAAAAGAAAACGUGCCCCAUCGUCUUCUGCCCUUUGGCUUUCUGCAUUUUGCCAAUGCUUCAUGUCUGUUUUUUUGUUUUGUUUUUCCCUCACUGUUAGGAUACAGCUGUAUGCAAAGACAAGAGGCUGAGGGUGGGCAUGGGAAGCCUCAGCUGAUAUUAAUAAUGGCUUCAAAAAGACACAACUGAGCUCUAAAACGAAGGCCACUUUCACUUGGCAUUUCGAAUGCUGUUGAGUCUGCAUACAGUGUGGCAGCUACCGGGCUCUGAAAAUCUCCUGCAGUCUGUCCUGGUGUGGUAGCCAUGUUACACCACACACUGUGACCCCUUCCUUGUUCCAUGUGCUUCUUGGUCCUUCCAUGCUGGUAGAUCACAUGACACCAGCUGAGUGGUAUGGAGAAGUGAGAGGUGUCUCUGAUUUACUGGGUGUAGUUAUUUUCACAGGUAUGGGAGGUUGGGGACCCCCUUGUGUUCUUUGUCCUUAAGUUCUCUGUUCUUUGUCCCGUGCAUUACAAAAUAAACCCUUCUGAGAAAGUUCCAGCCCAUCAGCUCAGUCAACUUGUGCCAUAGAUGCUGCUUCAUGGUCUGUCCCACGUGCGGGGCUCUAGCUGAAAGGGAGAUGCCUAGAUGGGCUAUGCAAACUACCCCGAAGGAAUGGAGGUUACUCCAGUUCUUCCUGUCCCAGAGCUGCAGGCAAGGGACCCAGUGAUGACCAACCAUAGAUCCAAGUGUGGAGAUGUUUUACAUAUUCUUUUUUUCUGUAGGAUUUCAUGGUGCUUUUUUUUUUCUUUUAAAGGCAUUUUACAGUUAAUGCGUUGGGGGAGGGGCAUUUCAUAUUGUUCUUAGGAGAAGUGGGGAUUUGCUUGUAACAUUUCAAAAAGCUGUGCUGCUAUUGCCCUUAUUUGAAGAUGUAAUUUUUUUUUUCAAUGAUGGAGAACAUUGCAACAAAGACCUUCUGGAAGAUCCAAUCUAA